GCUGGUAGUAAUGGUAGACAAAGUACACGUUCAGGAAAGGCAACAGAAGUUGUAAACUGAAAAACAGAGUUUAAACUUCAAAACUUGUUAAACAACGAUGGAGAACGUGCCUAUCGACAUACAUUAUAACAAACUCCUUGACUGGUUGAUUGAUCGUCGCCAUUGCACUUUGAAAUGGCAGCAGUCUGCAGCUUUGAUAAAAGAGAAAGUCGAUGCCGCGAUGAAGGAGAUACCGUCGGAUCCAAGCAUCCAAGAACUGAUGCGGGGAGCAUGUGUUGGUUACUUUCGUUGUUUGAAAGUUAUGGAAAUUUUAAAGGCGUCGGGUGAAGGCUCAAAAAAUAUUUUCGGACAGUAUUCCUCGCGUAAGAUGAAGGAUUGGGCUGAGAUUUUGCAAUUGUACCAAAACGAUAAUAUUCAUUUAGCCGAAACAGCACAUUUCCUAGUUCGAAAUGUCAAUUACGAAAUUCCAUCACUUAAAAGACAAAUAUCAAAAUGUCAACAGACUCAAAGAGACUGCACGCGAAAGGAGAGUGAAUAUAUGACAAAUGCGGGGUUGUUUAAAGACAGAUAUUAUUACGAAUGCAAACAGAUGGGCGUGCAGGGUGAAAAUAUCAAGAGCGAACUUCUGGCACUGGUUGAUGAAUUGCCCGUAUUAUUCGAAAGCAUUGCAGAGAAAACAAAAACUUUGGAAGAUUCAGUAGCGUAUUAUUCAGAAUUUGUAAAUUUUAUCCUUUCCAGGGGUGCCAUAAGUGAAAAAACAGAAGAAGUAUCAAAGACGGGGGUCACGCCAAUGCUUCUGUUUGUUUGUAAACACGGAAACGCCACUGUCUAUGAAUGGAGAACUGGCAAAGCACCGAAGGAUGUUCGCAAGGAAGAUAUAACUCUAGAUCUGGAUGAUAAAUUGGAUGAUGUUGCGGAGAUUGACUGGGGAGCAGUGGACACUGCUGAAGACACGAAUGACGUCAUUGACUUUGGAGAUGCAUCAGACGCGAUCGACUUUGGAGAUGCAGAGAUUGAACUUGUUGACACCACUGGGAUUUUAGUUGAAGACAAUGGAGCCGAAAUUGAUUUUGGAAUAGAAGCCGUAGGUGAUAAAGAUACUGCAAUUGAGUGUGAAGAUGCUGGGCAAGGAAAAGAUGAGAAUAAUGGAGAAGUAGCAAAGGGUUCUGACGCCUUAUCAAUAUUGGAAAAUACAGAAACACGCAAUUUAUUUAUUGACGAAUUACUUGAGGUGGAGUCAUUUUUGCAGCAAAGACUUGAAGAGUUAAGUUCAGAAGGUGAUAUAUUGUCUGCCAAACAGUUUCAGUCAGCACCAACUACGAUUCAAAUACAGUCAAGGGACAAAGUUGAUGCUAUGCUGUCAAAAGUCUCAUCUAUUCUUAAUGACAUUACAUCAGCAAAAAUGCAGAAUUUAUAUCGACUAAAAAGCUCGCCUCACUACGUACAUCGCCUGGCUGACUCGCUUCAACAGAAACUGAAGACUGCAAACAACCUGCUAAGACAAGCUAAAGCUAUUGUCGAACGGAAGGAGAACGCGCAACGACUACAAAUCGAGACAGAGCCUAAGCUGGAACUAAUUAUUCGAGAAACUAAGGAGCUAAAACAACAGAUUGCUGGAGAAAUAUCAAAGAAAUACAAAAGCCGACCAGUUAAUAUCAUGGGUGAAAUAAACACAAUUUGAAUUUUUAAAAUCAAAAGAGCCGUUGAUAGUAUUUAGAUAAUCUGUUAAAUUUGUGUAGAAAUUUUCUGAUAUAAGCUGAUAAUGGGGAAUUGAAUGCUAGCAGUUGUCUCAUUCAGGGUAAAUUAUUUUAUCAAAUAGAGGCUGAGUGCAAAGAAAAUUGAUGUCUAUUAAUUGCCAGCCUCUUUUGCACCAAUACAGCAGUAAAAUUGUGAUCUGGAACGCUGUUUGACAUUUACCAUUGUAGACGUGAGGUCUCUUUCCAAACACCGUAAGAGAUUUUUCAAAGAAAUAAUUUUUUAGGGAUUUUUCGAUGAUUCUUUUUGAAGUCAAAAGGAUUUUGCUGAAGGCAUGCGAGAUAUACGUGGAAUGUUCCUCGAUUGAAGCAAUUUAUGCUUCUUAUACACCGUUCUACUGCCGAUAAUUCUGCAAAUAAACUGAUCAGGAACAAUUUGCUAAACAUUACAUUUCUUCAACCGAUAACUUGGCCAGCUUUCUUUCACCGUAAAUUAGCCAGCUUUCGUUCAUAUCGAAUUCUGGGAAGUUUGAGCAAUGAAUUCUUCAUUCAUAAGAUUCUUUCUUUUAAGAGAAAUAGAAUAUUGUGUUUCAAUGAAGGCAAAAGCCGUUCUUUCACUAAUUUCAAAGAUAUACGAUAUUAUCGAUAAGGGAACCAAAAGAACAAGAAUUAAGUAAAUCUAGUUUCUGGCAAUUCAAUGUACUUUUGCAAGCCUGCAGCCUUAUUUUUAGUUUUAUAAUGUUUUGCAGGAAAUCUUUUUCAUGCCACAAAAUUGUUUUGAUUCAAAAUAAUGUGUGAUUUCGAUUUCCUAAAUACUCGUUCCUAAAAAUUGAAGUUUUCGACAUUGUGCUCUUCGCCCUUCAAAAUGCUUUGCAGAAGCUAACGUUUUUGUAGGUCAUCAGCCUUACCUUCAAUAAAAAUUUACACCUAAACUUUUUGCUUGCCUACACUUUUGUGAAAACAGACUAAAGCAUGUGAAAAAAACUCUCACCUAACGGUUCUAUUGCUAAAUUCAGCUCAAAUUGUCUUUUUUUCAAAAAAUUGAAAACAAUUCUGGCAUAAGUGAAAGAAGCCUAACAUUUCUUUCAAAAUUCGAUAGUAAACCUGAAAAGAAUUCCCAACAACUUUUGUGUAUUUGUUUCGAUACUGAAGUGUCUCACAAUAUCAAUAACUCUGUUAAAAACACUUGCAUUCCUGUAACCCAAAAACCUCAUGUUUCUGCUAAAACAUAAAGUGAGUUGUUUUCCCAUAGAUUCGUCACCAUUAUUUCUGUCUAGCUUCAAAAUACAAGGAUAUUAAUGUUCGCUCUUAAAGGCAAUCUGUCACGACGUUGAUUGAUUAUAAGAACAAAGGGAUUUUUUAUUGUUUCCAGUCCCCCUUUUAUUUAUCGCAUUGUAAAAAAUAUGGCGGAGCGCUGGAAUCGUGUUUAGGCUAUUGUUCCAGCUAUUGUUCUCGUUAACCAAUCCACAACGAGAUAGAUGGCCUUUAAACGUUGCAAAUCUUUCGUUGAAGUUGCACUGAAACUCAAUUUCAUAUCAUUUGCUGGUGGAUCUAUGCAUUGACGUUCCACAAAGGCGGCUUGAAAACAUUUUCUGAGAAAACUGGCUUCGAAAACCGAACCACUUUAUAAAAUUUUUAAAAAAAGGGACUUGAGCCGACAUUCUCGUCCAAAAUCGGAUGUUUCCUGUCUGAAGCAAAAACUUCUUACAUAAUUUUACUGAACAAAAAUCUUUUCGGCUACAGAAGCUUCCAACAUUUUUUGGAUACAUUUUAUGCAAUAAAGAACCGCUUUCAUGGACAAGUAUCAAAUCCCAUUUACUACUUGUCUAUCAAUUAUUCCAGUAAUUCUUAUUCAUAAUUGUAUAUUCAGCUUGCAAAAAAAUUUAAUUUACAUUUAUAAUCAACGCAGUAUUAUAUACAAAACAGGUUUACAACAAUGGUAGAAAAUCAUCAUUACGAGUUGGCACCAGGCCUUACAAUUACCAAAAUCAAAAAUAAAAUAUAAUUAACAACUUUUUGUGUAAUCUUAUGUAAAUCUGCACAGGGUUAACAAACAGUUUUGAAUCUAUGGCUAUUGGGACAGUGACUUGAAACAACAGAGCUUGAAACAAGCUUUUUUGUAAUGUUAGCAUAGGAAAGGUUUUGCCUUUUAAUGUCCUAAUACAACAGGGGCAAUGGUCUCCCUAUGUAGACAGCUAAGCGAUUUGAAAAAACCUGGAGUUAAUAAAGCGGACCAAUCUUCAGGUUGCAUGUUUUGUUAAAAUGUUUCUCUACACGUGAACUUUAUUCGAAUAAUAUGGGACACCAAAAACUUAAAAAGUUCAUCACUAAUUAACAAUAACCUU